UGCUUGGAGGCUGACAUAACUGAGAUCAUGGCAUUUGACGGUACUUGGAAGGUAGACCGCAGUGAGAACUAUGACAAGUUCAUGGACAAAAUGGGUGUUAAUAUGGUAAAGAGGAAGCUUGCAGCUCAUGACAAUUUGAAACUGAUAAUUACACAAGAAGGAAAUAAAUUCACAGUCAAAGAAUCAAGUACUUUUCGAAACAUUGAAAUUAUUUUUGAACUUGGUGUCACUUUUCAUUAUAGCCUAGCGGACGGAACUGAACUCACUGGGACCUGGAGCCUUGAGGGACACAAACUUGUUGGAAAAUUCACACGAGUAGACAAUGGAAAUGCACUGAAUGCUGUCCGAGAAAUUAUAGGUGAUGAACUAGUCCAGACUUACACGUAUGAGGGAGUAGAAGCCAAGAGGAUCUUUAAAAAGAAUUGAGCAUUAUUCUUGGAGCACAGCCCAGAAUACAAAUUGGAUGGAAAUUCUGUAUUGUACCAGAACUGUUUUUCUCUCCCCAUCAAGUAUAAGGUUGCUGACAGAUUAGUCCUUUAUAUAAACAUUGGAAUACUUCCUUUCUUACCAAAGUAAAAGAAGUAAAAGCUAAUUAAAAUUUAAUAUGUUUUACAUUCUCUAAAACAUACAUUUAUUGGUGUUAUAAAAUAAUUUGCAACAUUUUUAAAAACAGUAAAAUAAAUAUUGUUGCCAUAUUGCUU